AUGGCAGACAUUCUGAUUACCACCACUUCCCUACCAUGGAUGGCCGUCCUGAUCCCCUUCACCGCGAUUCUGCCACUUCUUUAUGUUCUCUACCAAAUCAUCCUGCCGAAGCCCAUCCCUGGUAUUCCAUACAAUAAACACGCCGCGAAGAGCCUCUUCGGUGAUAUCCCUGAGAUCAGGAGAGAAUCACCCGUCUGGCUGGGUCCUCUCAAGAAACCCACUGUAGUCAUCGCAGAUUUCCAAGAGGGUCAAGACAUUCUCCUACGCCGAAAAGAGCUUGACCGAUCUAGCUUCAUGAGCAACGUGUUGUCUGGCGAAGCGAAGUCCUUCCACAUUACGCUAAAGACCGGACCACAAUGGAAGGCUCAACGCCGUUUACUUCAGGACUUGAUGACGCCGGCAUUUCUUCACAGGGUUGCGGCUCCCAACAUUUAUAAAAGUGCUUUGCGCCUUCGAGAUCUCUGGAAGAGGAAAGCGCAUCUUGCUGGAGAGAGCGCUUUUUCUGCAGAGCAUGAUAUCUUCUAUGCUGCUCUAGAUGCUGUUCUGGACUUCGGCUUUGGCGAUGCUGCUCCAAUGAGGGCUCUCAUCCCUCAAGUUGAGUUGAUGGCGUCGAUGUCAGCUGCCGACGUUAGGGCCAAGCAGAAUCCGGCAUUCCGCGGCGACGUAUUGGACUUUCCAGUUGCGUCUAUCCAUCCUGCCCUAGAUGCAACGCUGCAGUCGGCAGAAAACGUUGGCGGCGUAGCAAUGACCGGGUUUCCGAACCUUGCAUGGUCGAUCAUUGGACUGAGACCUAGUGACAAGCACGUUAAGUCUGCGAUUGACCUCAUGGUGCGAAGGCUGAACAGUGUCAUGGAGAAGGAAGGUCACCUUCUUCCUGACUGGAUCGAAACCAUGAGAGCUGAGUCUGCUGGCUUUGUUGUUGCUGGGCAUGAUACGACGAGCACAACCCUCUGCUGGGGCAUCAAGUUCAUCGCGGAUGACCAAGCAAUUCAACGAAGACUUUUCGACAGCAUCCAGAGCUUCCAUAUCGCAGCAACUACUGAGAAUCGUCUUCCUACACAUUUUGAAGUCUGCGACGCAAACAUACCGUACCUGGACGCAGUCAUUGAGGAAAUGCUUCGGCUUGCUCAUACAGCGACCAGUCAGGAUCGAGAGUGCAAAGAAGAUACUGUCAUCCUAGGGCAUGUCAUCCCUAAGGGUACAACCAUCAUCAUCCCAAACAAGGGCCCAAGCUUUACUGAGCCGGGGUAUGAGAUUGACGAACGCCUGCGUAGCCCAUCUUCGAGAAAGGCAGCUGCCGACUUUGGCUCGAGGGCCUGGAACUCCCACGAGAUGGGUAAGUUCAAGCCGGACCGCUGGCUUGUACAAGAUGAGAAGGGUGGUGAUGAAUACAAUGCUUCUGCUGGACCAACCUUGCCCUUCGGCCUUAGACUUCGCGGUUGCUUCGGACGAAAGCUGGCAUACAUGGAAAUGAAGCUUUUGAUCACCGUCUUGAUCUGGUCAUUUGAGUUCCAAAAGUGUUCAGAGGAUUUGUCGAGUUAUAGGAGUAUUACAACCCUUACACGGAAGCCUGUGCAGUGCUACGUGCGCUUGAAGAUUCGCUGA